AACAGAGAAGAAGGAAGUGAAGGGAGAGUGGACAGAAUCUUUUGGGCCAAGUAAGCGUUUUUUACUUCUCCAGUGGACCACUCAGCCAAUAGGGACUUUUGGGUAUUCUUUUUCCUUGUGGGUUCGCAAGAAGAGAAGGGAAGAGAAGACCUUAGCUUUUCCAGUACACUUAAGAGCCAAGACUUGGAAGGACUCACAGAGAAGCUUACUGGAGGAGAAAGGGGAAAGGAAGAGAGUAACAGAAACGAUUACAGGGAGGGAGAGAGGGAUUUAACAGGAAGAAGGAAUGGCAGCGAAGCCAAAUCCAAAAGGGAUAGAGACGAAGAUGGAUUCGUCGACCCUUCGCGCACACCUAGAAGAAGAGAAAUACAGUUCUGCUCCUGAGAGUCCAGAAGAGAAUAAUCGAAGGGAGAAGUCUCCUUUUUCUCCUCCUCCUCCUCUUUCUCCUCCUCCUACUACUACUCGUUUAUCCUCCGGAUCUUCUCAUGAGAGCCCAGUAGAGAAUAAUCAACGGGAGAAGUCUAAUUCUCCUCCUCGUCCUCGUGUAACCUUUGGUUCUGCUCAUGAGAGCCCAGCAGAGAAUAAUCAACGGGAGAAGUCUUCUUCUCCUCUAACCCUUCCUCCACCAUCCAAGGCACUAGUGGUCGCCGAUCGAUACUCCAAUGAUCAUGGGUCAUUUCCCCUACUACCUACAAAGGAAUUACCGCCGCCGGAAGCCCAAUCGCAGCCGCAGCCACAACAGCGAAACGUGGGGGUGAAGCCGGCUUCGCCGGUGGUGAUGGUGAAUAGGUCGAUGAGGGAGGAGAUGGGCAUGGUGACCAAGGUGGAUCCUGGUGGGGUUGGUGAUGGAGGAGGAGUAGUAGACGGUUUUGGGCAUGGAACAGAAGAUGGAGUAUGGGAUCGAGGAGACCGGAGAUCCAGGGGGGUACCGUCGAUUCUGCUGAGGUCAAAAAGAGAGGCGAUGGUGAAGAGGGCAGCUUUGGUGAUUAGGGUAUGUGAAGUGGUGUUCUGCUUAGUUUCCUUCUCUGUAAUGGGCGCCGACAAGACUCGUGGCUGGGCUGGUGAUUCCUUCGAUCGAUACAAAGAAUACAGGUAUUGUAUAUCGGUGAAUAUCAUAGGGUUUGUGUACGCGGGAUUUCAAGCGUAUGAUAUGGCCUAUCAUAUCAUCACCGGCAAGCAUGUCAUCCGUCAUCCACUUCGCUUCCACAUAAACUUUGCCCUUGAUCAGAUGAUGACUUAUCUGUUGAUAUCGGCAUCAUCAUCAGCAGCUACUAGGGUGGAUGACUGGGUAUCAAACUGGGGGAAGGACGAGUUCACAGCCAUGGCCAGUGCCUCCAUAGCUAUGUCUUUCCUUGCAUUUUUCUCCUUUGGCAUCAGUUCCCUCAUCUCUGGAUACCUCCUCUGCACCCGCAAUUUUACCUGACCUAAUUCCACUAUUUACCACCACCACCUCCUCCACCUCUUCCUCCUCUUCCCAUUGUCUGUAAUCUUUAUAUUAUCCCUUUUUCUAUAGAUCUAAUAAAGUUGAAAUAGAGAAGCUCUAAUUGCUGAAGCUACAGGAGAAUUCUACAGUUAUAUGUAUAGAGAGAGAGAGAGAGAGAGAGAGAGAGAGAGAGAGAGAGAGAUAUUUGAAUUCUUAAUGUAUGAUGAUGUUUGGAUUGUACAUAACUUUGUUUCUUCUCUAGUUGAAUGAGUGAUCUUUCCUUAA